UUGGAAUAAAAAAUGGGAAUUACCAAGUGCCAAAAAGUUGUGAGAAGCUUCAGUUUCAAUGAUUUUCAUAAAUCCUCUAUUGGACCAGCAAUUUUGGAUAAACAGAAUCCCUUCAUGCGUAUUCUAGAAAUCGAUUUAUUGGUUUUAUUAACAGUGGGAUACUAUUUUCGGAGAUUCACUCGAGCAAUUAAACCCAUGCUGAGAUUAAUCAUGACUGCGAGCUUUGGAAUUACCUUGUUAUUGACUGCUUUAUUGAUCCACUCCUCUUUAAAUCGAUCGUCCUCCAGAGAACUGGUAAUUACUGGACAGUGGCAGAAUACUAAUUACUUGAUGCAACUGGAACUGGAACGAUUGAAAAUUAAGACUUUGAGUCUGGAACUGACAAUUAGGAAAAUGAAUUUCCAAUUAAACGCAAUACGUUCGCAUAGCAAAAAUCAUCAUGAAAUUUUAGCGGAUUUUGCUUCAGAGUCUGCUGGAGGCUCGAUCGUUGACACUCCUGGAACAGAAUCGUACCAUGACCAGAAUCAAAUUUUCCGAUUAUUCGGUAUUCCAAUCUGGAAACCCAAUUAUUUCACUCCUCGUAAAGUCAUUCAGCCAUGGAGUCAAGCUGGAGAAUGCUGGGCAUUUCAUGGCACUCAAGGAAAAAUUGAGAUCGAACUCGCGUAUUCAACGUACGUCGAUAGAGUGACUUUGGAACAUAUUUCGGCUAGUGCAUCAUUGACUGGGAACAUUAAUUCAGCCCCUAAAGAAUUUUAUGUUCUUGGAAAAUUUAUUGACGAAUAUGUGGAAAUCGGUCGAUUUGUAUACGAAAUUCUAGGACCUCCGUCUCAAAUGUUUCAAAUUACGGAGAAAGGUGUGCAGAAUAGACCAAUUAAACAUAUCAUGCUGCGAAUCAUCUCCAACUGGGGAAAUCCUGAUUACACAUGCAUCUACCGUUUCAAAGUCCACGGAAAAAUCUCUAACGACGUGGAAAAUGUGUAG